AUGCAACCACACCAUCAUCAUCAGUACCAACAGUCGCCCAAUAAUACCAACAACUCGAAUCCAUUAAAUUAUCAGCAAUCGCCCUAUUUUCGUCCUAACAACAACAACAACAAUACCAACACUAACAAUAAUUUUUAUCAACAAAAAGCAACCACCGCUCCCACUUUUAUAAAUAACCAACCACCAUACUAUCCCUAUCAACAACCUACACAGCAACAACAACAACAAGUACCGGGAUACGUGUAUGGUUAUCCAGUCCCUGUGGUAGCAAAUAAUAAUUACGGUUAUCCAAAUAAUAAUCAAAACGUGGUGAUCAAUCAACAACUCAAUCCAACAAAUUAUCCUCCCGUCGUGAUGAUGCAACCAACGAAUAAUCCACCAUAUGCGAAUCAACCUCCUCCCCAACAAUCAUCAAGUAGCAGCAAUAGCAGCAGUGGUAGCCGGAGAGUGAUGGCCAAAACACUGGGAUCGUUUGUUCUCUUGAAAGAAAAGCUCAUCGGUUCGGGUGCCUAUGCCGAUGUCUAUGAAGGCUAUCAUAGAGAUACAAAAGAAAAGGUUGCCAUCAAAGUCAUUCAGAGAAACAAACUAAACGAUCGUUUGAUGCGCAAUUUGGAAUCUGAAAUUACCUUGAUGAAGAGAAUUCAAUCCGAUUAUGUGAUCAAAUUGUAUGAAGUUCAUCGUAGCAAAAGACACUAUUAUUUGAUUGUUGAAUUGUGUAGCGGUGGAGAACUUGGAAAGCUUCUCAAGAAGGGUAAAUUACCCAAGUCCGUCACAACCAUUGAUGGUGGCGUUAAGGAGAGUAUUGCAAAAAAAUUCAUUUAUCACUUGUCGAAAGGAAUGAAACAAAUUUUGGACCAGAAUUUGAUUCAUAGAGAUUUGAAACCUGCAAACUUGUUAUUGAGCAAGCCAUUCCAAAUAUUGGAGCCAAACAAGAGCGACCUCUCCUACAAGGACGUUGAUUUUGGAUUUUUAAAGAUUGCUGAUUUUGGAUUUGCACGUGAAAUUGGUCCCAAUGAUUUGGCUCAAACCCUAUGUGGUACUCCAUUGUAUAUGGCACCAGAAAUCUUAUCCUCUCAAAGAUACAAUUAUAAGGCUGAUUUGUGGUCACUUGGAGCUAUCAUUUAUGAGCUUUUAUUUGGAAGACCACCUUAUAUGGCUGUCAAUCAAAUGGAUUUAUUGAAUCAAAUUAGAGCUCGUCCUCCUCCUUAUCCCAAUAAUCCUACAGUUUAUCCUCCUCUUGUGAUUGAUCUUAUUAAGGGGUUGUUGCAAGCUGAUCCCAAUGUGCGGUUCACUUUUGAACAAUUCUACAAUCAUCCAUAUCUGGUAGCUCUCAGGAAGGAGUUUGGAGACAAUGAAGAAUUCAAUUCUCAAACACUCAACCAGCUCAAGAAGAAUAUAUAG